UGUAGUUUGUAUAUGCGAGUCAGAAUCAAUCCAAGCAGUACAAAUUUACCUCUUUCUCUUCAAACACUUGAGAAAAAAUUGAAGUAGAAAAUACUAGAAAUCUCAUUAUCACCCAUUUUUCCAAAACAAUAUGCAAGAAGCAAGGAAGCUGGAUGCCACCACCACCAAGGAUUGCCAUACCCCUGGACAUAAUCAACGGCUGACAGACAGGAUGGUGAAGGACUUGAUGGUAAAUAAGCGCAGGCUUGUGGAGGUUCCUUACACCGCAUCCCUUGCUCACACCAUGAAUGCUUUGGUUGCCAAUCGGGUGGUGGCUCUGCCUGUUGCAGCACCUCCUGGCCACUGGAUUGGAGCCGGUGGAUCCAUGAUCAUGGAGACUGAUAAGCAGACUGGUGUUGUACGGAAGCACUAUAUAGGGAUGGUUACCAUGCUUGAUAUUUUGGCUCACAUUGGUGGUGUUAAUGAUGCUGCGAUGGACGGUUCUGAUGUCUCUGAUCUUGAUCGGAAGAUGUCUGUUGAGGUGUCCUCCAUCAUUGGUCAUUGCCUUGAGGGUCUCAGUUUAUGGACUUUGAACCCUAAUACAAGCAUCCUAGACUGUAUGGAAGUGUUCAGCAAAGGAAUCCACCGUGCUAUCGUUCCAGUAGACAGCCAAAUGGACAACAUCUCAGGUGUAGAACUCAUGGAAUCUGCAUCCAGCUAUCGAAUGCUAACGCAGAUGGACUUGUUGAAGUUCUUGAAAGAACACGAUUCCGAACUCAAAUCAAUCACAUCCCAUCUGAUCAAUGUGUUAGGAGCAAUAACUCAUGAUGUUUAUGCAAUUACCGAUCGGACUACACUUCUAGAAGCCAUCAAGUGCAUGCGAACUGCCAUGUUAAAUGCUGUUCCCAUUGUCAGAUCCUCAGAGUCCCCUGAAGAACAUCACAACCAACUUGUAAAUGGGAGGGGAAGGAAGCUGAUUGGAACGUUUUCUGCAACCGAUCUGAGAGGCUGUCACCUUGCAACUCUGCAAUCAUGGUUACGUCUAAGUGCUCUGGAAUUCACCGAGACAGUCUCAACGAGCCCUCUAUAUGCAGCAUCCAAUGCAACGACACCGUCUAGGGUUCUUGUGAGUUGCCAAGCUGAAGCAUCUCUGGCUGAUGUUAUUGAUAAAUUAGUCACUAAGCAUGUCCAUCGAGUUUGGGUGGUGGAUUCACAUGAUUCACUUGUGGGGCUUGUUUCUCUCACUGAUAUAAUUAGGGUGUUAAGGGUCUCUCUGCUUUGUAAUCCUGAGUGAAAUUAGUUGUGAUGUAGUUGAACUUGGACAACUUUUUGUUUGGUAUGUAAGAAGAAUUUUGGAGUUUUGUUUGUGCA